AGGAAUUAUGGUGCCAUUGGAAGAAGGGGCUACCCGCUGGCUCUUUAUAGAGCUACCCCCUCCGUCUCUCCACAUAUACUCAUCUCUCCGUCUCACUCUCUCUCUCUCUCUCUCUCUCUCUCUCUCUCUCUCUCUCUCUGCUUGAAGGUUGAUAUCGAUCCUUAACCAUGAAGCAAAAGAUCGUCGUGAGGGUGCACUUCAAGUGCAAUAAAUGCAGAUCCAAGGCCCUGAAGAUUGCUGCUUCUGCAUGCGGAGUGACGUCGGUGGCGAUAGGAGGAGGGGAUAGGGAUACAGUGGUGGUGACGGGGGAAGGAGUUGACUCGGCGAAGCUCACCGACUCCCUGCGCAAGAAGUUUCGCUGCGCCAUCAUCCUCAGCGUCCAAGAACUUAAAGAGGAUACUAAACCUCCACCGUCUAAACCGCCUAAACCCUCCACAUCAAAUGACCAAACUACCCCCUCUCCCCCCACUGUUCAGUACUAUUGGCCAUCCAAUUAUUAUACGUAUCCCCCAUGUCCACCUUACUAUCCGCUUUACGACGCAUACCCAUGUACUUCUUCCACCUGCUCCCUCAUGUAAUUAAGCAACAUUAUGCUUAAUUAAUUACUUAAUAAGUGCAUCCAUCAACAUGGAUGUGAUUAAUUUUUUAUUUUGAUUUAUGUUUCCGUUAAUUUGGAUCAAUAAUAUUAAUAAUAAUGAUAUUGCUGUUUCUGAAUUUC